AUGAGUAUUCGCCCCAAGGUGACAGUUAUUUCCUCGAAGAUGCUAAAGGGAAGACAUGCAUGUACGUUGUGGGAUGUUCGUGGGGAAGAUCCUGAUGAAGAAUUGGCUUCAAAAAACUGGAGAGAUAGAAACCGUGGAGGCCCAGUUCGAAACCAGAGCGAUCAUGAUAACUGCUGGAUCUACGCAUCUACAGAUGUUUAUUCAUCGUAUCGUUUCAUAAACGGAGAAGAUGAUCACUUUCGCGUCCUGAGUGCAAAAUAUCUAACUUUCUAUGUUAGUGAGGAUGAGCGACAGAUAACAACACUUUCAGAAAAUAGAAGGAUGGAUCAUAUGUGCCACGGGUUCCCUGUAAUAAAGGGUCUUGAGUUCAUACAAGACAACGGGGUUCCCGAGGAAGAACGUCCUAGUGAUGCAACAGAUGGUUACAUGAGCUGCAUUAGCAGUCCGCCAAAGCGAGUUCAACCCGUGUUCAAGUUUGGUAAAGAUGUUAAGUUUUGUGAAUCAAGUAAGAUUGAAGCUUUGUACGCUAUGCUUUUGCACCAGCCAGUGGCUGCCAAUAUGAUUCUUUAUCAUCCGGAAUACUUCCGACGAUAUCCAUACAGGCCUACAUCUGAGGAAUCAUGGUAUGAUGGCUUACAUUCUGUUCUUGUUCUUCAAGUUGUGAAAGUUCAAGGCAAAUGGGUUGCUUUGGUCAAAUUGAGCCAUGGAGAAGGCGCAGGUGCAGGCGGGUAUAUGUAUAUUUCCCUGACCAAGAUGAUCUUGGAUGUCGAAUACAUUACUGACGACGAAGCUAUGGGACUAAUCCUUGAUGAUGAGGAGAAACCCGUAGCUCGUCCGUCAUUACUUCUCCGGGAUUUUACGGGUGUGGAUUAUGGUGCCAACCAAAAUUAA